AUGAUUUGGUAUAUUCUAUAUCCUUUAAGAGGAACUACCGAAGCUCCCGUGCUUGCUGAUACCCAUCCUGUACGCCGUGCUUUCGCUCGCUACGGAAGAUAUGCUGCUAGUCAUGUCGUUACUACCUUAUUGAUCUCCGUCGCCGUCGCCGCUAUCCUCGUAUACCCCUUUCCUUUUCUAUAUACUACCGACUUUAUCAAUGGCGCGUCCUAUCUCCCCGAACACGCCUGGACCGAUACUUUGCCCUUGCACGAGAGGAAUAGAGUCGAACCCGAUGUCAUUAUGCGCUCGAUAUGGGUCCACGGAGACUAUUUCCAGGCUCUCAACAGGAACGUUUUGCUAAGUGCGCUGGAACUUCAAGACGAACUCCUCGGUCCGACAGUGAAUUUCGAUCCGCGGCGCCAUAUCGCUGAUGAUGUUCACGCUCAAAAUGCUACGAUUACGACUACCACCGAUCUUACCUUGAGCCAGCGGGACGCCUAUCAUAUUGCUAAUGGCCUAACUAAUCAAUCUUGGUUCUUCCAGUCCCCGUUGCAAUAUUGGUCGUGCUCCUCGGAGAAGAUAAAAGAAGAUAACGAUAUCAUUGAAACGGCGAACGAAAGAAAAUCUCAGCCGACCUCGGUUAAUGUAACCUUAAGGCAUUCGACCGUUUUUAGUGGGAAGCGCUUUCAGGAUCGUCGGCUUGUCGCUGUUGAUGCUCUGGUCAUUACCCUCGUGCACCUUCGAGAUUCUCCGGUUGGCCGUUUGUGGCAGGAGAGAAUCAAGUCUCUCAAGCAGAAAAUGGCGGAUCGUUGGGAUAUCUUUGACUAUAGUCCGAGCGGCAAGACCAGCGAAUUAUAUGAAUUUAAGUUUCGUCCCAUAUCCUCUCAGGAUGUAAUCGUUUUAGGAGUACCCUAUUCGGUCCUUCUUAUUUACUUCUUGGCAACUUUGUCCAAUUUACGAGCCUUUAAGUCAAAAAUCGGAUUGAUAUUUACGGUCAUGGCUCAAAUCGUCUUCGCCAUCCUAUCGAGCUUUACUGUAUGCGCCAUACUCAAGAUCGAUCUCUCGAGACUUCCGCGUUUGGGAUAUCCAGUCGUCAUUUUCUGUAUGAGUCUUGAAAAUAUCCAUCGGCUGAUCAACGCCGUCAUUCUCACGCCAUCCGAAAAUAGCACGAGCAGCAGGGUUGGCCAGGCCUUUGGUGAGACGGGUUAUGUUGCGCUGGCCAGCGUGGCUCAGAACGUUCUUCUUCUAUACGGCUUCUCAAAAAUCGUUUUGCCUAGUGUUUCGGCGUUUUGUACCUUCGCAGCUAUCGCACUGAUGUUUGACUACUUUUACCUAUCCACCUUCUUCCUCUCGGUACUCAGUGUCGAUGUUCGGCGGACCGAGCUCAGUGAUGCGCUUGCGAAAGCGUCAAUUCGGGAUCAUCGCUCUGCUUCUGAUCUCCACUCACGCCAAACAUGGAUAGACGCGAUGUUGCACGGGAAAAUCGCUAUGUCGACACGCAUUGCGGGGACUAUCGUUAUGGUGGGAUUCGUACUACUCGCUCAAUGGCAUUUUUGGGAGAGUGAAGGCGUACUCAAGCUGCUCAGCCGAAUCAUUCGUGUCUCCCCCAAAUACAAAAAUCCAUCGUCAACUUCGUCCCUAUCUGAAAUUCAUCAGGUCAGGAGUCCAGCGUCAUGGCUAAGUCUUCAAGAUCAUGAGACGGCUCGAGAGCUCAUCCAUGUUGUCAAACCAGAAGCCCAUAGCUACAUCGCACGAGUCUUUCAUCCUACGAUAUUCGUGCUCAAGGGAUCAGACCGAGGUCUUUCUGCCAGCGAACCGUGGUUUACUCCAGCUGUCUACGACUUUGUACGUCAUCAGUCGGUACCUUUUCUGAUUACAGUCCUUAUUGUUGCAGCAGCAGUUCGCCUUCUGAUGAAUUAUCUACUAUGGGAUGAACUGGCAGAAUCGCCGCGAGUUGGUCCGGGUGGAGACACACUACUCUCAGUUAGGACUCUAAGUAGCGGCCAUUCUUUAGACGUCGCCUUGCUAUCGGCCUGCUCUGACGGUCAUCUUGUGUCUAUAGGGCUGGACCGAAUCAUUAGGAUCUGGGAUAUCAAAGCUGGGGGUAAAAAUUAUGUGUUGGGUGACAAUGGGGAUUCUUCUAUUAUCCCGUUCCCAGUCUUAGCAAUGUGUAUCGACGAAGAAUCCCACUGGCUUGCACUUUUAACAUCUGGCAAAGUUCUGCUAUGGGAUCUCAUUGGCCUACGAUGGGGUCCUCUUAUCAGGGCUGAACCGGAUCGACAUAAGCCAGAAGCCUUCUUCUUUGUCACUGACGAUUCCCUAGCUAUUCCCGCCUUGAUUCUUAUCCGACGGGAUGGUAUUAUCACGGAGCUUACAAUCGACCAAGCGAUACCCAGCAACUACAUAUUUGCUAAAGAGAGCUCGAUUGUCUCCGUGGGCUUUCUUUCGGAAAAGGGGUUUCCUGCUCAAGUGAUGGCUUCUACUCGUGAGGGUGAGGUGCGCCUAGCUACACAGGAAGGGUCCAGCUGGACUACAGAAAUAGUAGAGGUGGGGAAUUCCAAGGACCGCGGAGCUAUUUCGAUUCAAGCCUUGCCGGAAUUAGGUUUCUUCCUCAUAAUUCGAUCCCAGAUGGUAGACCUAGUAGACUCGCAGACGCUCAGAGCAAUCUACACUUUCAAGGUGGAUCCAAUCCAACCGAAAAGCUUAAAAUGUUUCCAUUCGAGGCCACGGCGGAUGCGAUGUGGUUCCCUUGCCUUAUGGAGCUUUACAUUGGCAUAUCUCAAUACAUAUACCCGUGACUUGGUGGUGCAAACCUACAGUCCGCAGCAUGAAGGGGAGUCCUUGUGUUUCUGCGAUCCAGCUUCUCCCACUAGGAAAACGUGCUGCCCAUGGCAAAGAGCCAAGGAAUCGAGAAGGGUUAUUAAGAAUCCCGGACUCUGGGAUGCUUUGCCGUCUGGAAUUAUAGUCGGAGUUAGGAGGAAGAAUAGCGAGAAGACCCGAGCAGAUGGUCACCUAAACCAUCAGCCUCUCCAACAGCUUAGCGGCCUCCGGCGCCGUCACCACGCCGUUAAACCUACCAACGGUCACAUUUCCCAAGACAACUGGGAAGUAUGGAUGUUCUCGCAUUUCGGAAAGCAGGAGACGUGGGAAGCCCUUCCACUAUGCUCGAAAGUCGAAGAUGAUGGUCAUCUAUUUGUCACGAAUCUUGGACCAAUGAUUCGAGUUGGUCGUUCUUGCUUAGCUGUUGGACUCAGUAACGUGAUCAAGGUUAUCAUGGUCGGCAAUGAGCGAUUUGAGACGGGCGAUGACUCCCAACCCGGAGACGGGAUGCCUGCACUAGGAAGUCGGAGGCGUAAGGGACCUUCCACUCUUCGCGGCAAACCCGCCAUCCCUUGCUCACACUGCUAA